AUGGAAGCUUUGGAGCAAAUGCCAACCUAUGUAAAGUUUUUGAAAGACAUUUGGACAAAGAAAAGGAGGCUUGGCGAGUUUGAAACUGUUGCUUUGACAGAGGUUUGUAGUGCCACGUUGAAAAGUAAAAUUCCACCUAAAUUAAAAGAUCCGGGCAGCUUUACAAUUCUAAUUUCUAUUGGGGGUCAAGAUGUUGGAAGAGCUCUUUGUGAUUUGGGAGCUAGUAUUAAUCUCAUGCCUAUGUCUAUUUUUAGGAAGUUGGGAAAUAGAGAAGCAAGGCCAACCACCGUCACUUUGCAAAUAGAGGAUCGUUCCAUGGCUCAUCCGGAGGGGAAAAUUGAAGAUGUGGUGGUGAAAGUGGAUAAGUUCAUUUUUCUGAUUGAUUUCAUUAUCCCUGACUAUAAGGUUGAUAGAGAAGUUCCUAUUAUUUUUGAGUGGCUAUUCCUUGCUACCGGAAGAACCUUGAUUGAUGUGAAAAAUGGGGAACUCACUAUGAGAGUGAAUGAUCAAAAAGUCACUUUUAAUGUGUUUAAUGCUAUGAGAUUCCCGAAUGAGAUUGAAGAAUGCUCCUGUUUGAGUGUAAUUGAUUCUAUUGUGGCUGAAAGUUUUCACAAGGAAGUGUGGAAAGAUGAAAGGUUGAUAACUUGA